GGCGAAUAUGGAGUCAAUGUUGGUGGUGUCUAAAAGGAAAGCUUCGAGGAAGAAGCGAAGGAUCGAGUGUCAUUCAUCAAUGGAGGGUACGUCGGCCAGCGUCGAGGUCGGCCAAGAGGAAUGUGUUGUUGGCCCUUCUACCUCAGACAUACCUUGCUUUGUCCCGCACGUCGACAUCUCUGUGAUCGAUCGUGUAGCUGACCCCUACGUAGCUCUUCGGAUGGCAAGGGGCAUGUUGCUUCCUAAGGGUGUGCGGUAUUACCGUGGCUUGGACCUGGUUGACGUUGGGACUCAGAUGACUCGUUGUAUAAUUCAGGUGAACACCAUGGGGCAGGUACUAUUGGAUCAGGUCGCUGCAAGCUAGAAAGAGAGAGGUGAGCUGCAGGCUAGUGUUGAUGCGUUGCAGUCUCAUAUGCGUGAGAUCCAACUCAGUGCUGGGGAAGACCGUUAGUGAUUCAUUGAGCUGAGCGGGAAAAUGUAGCGUGAGCUGGACGAGGCCCGAGAGACCAUUGCCGCCUAGGAGCGCCAACUGGAAGAGAGGCAGACCAAGUAUACUGAGGAUAUCUGUUGAGCCGAGGUGGCAGCCAUUGAUCAUUUCCAUAGCUCUCUUGAGUACACCUAGGAAAAAUUGGAGUGUUCAAUCCCCGUGAUGCAAAAGGGGUUCAAACUUUGCCGCCACUACUUGAAGACUUUGCACCCCGAUUUCAACUUUGGCACUUUCUCUAUGAACGAUGUGCCGAAUGAGCUUGUCAUGCAGUCAAUGGGGAGCCCUUGACUCCUGAUGAGGGUGAAGAAGUAGAUGGCAAAGAAGAGGGCGAGGAGGGCAACGACGCCGACGACGAGCUGUAGGGCGGUGAUGAGGAAUAGGUUGAUCUUAUUGGUUUCUUUUCCUUCUGAUGUUUCCAAGAGCCUGCGAGCUCCUAUAAGUUGAUAUCUCUUGGGCCUGCAUGCCUUGAAUGUUGGACUUUCUAUUGUUGAGUUUUUUUACAUAUAU